CGAGCAUCAUAUUAUAAUUAUAUAAAACUUGUGAAUUUUUCUGUCCUCUUACAUAUUUUAGUACUUUAGUCGAUUUUAUUAAUUUCAUUAUAAUUUUACGAACUUUAGCGGAUACGGAGUUUAUAGUUAAAAAUAAUUUAAAUACGAAGUUCUUGAACAAACCGAUGUUUUUAUUCGAGUACAACAUUAUUGAAUACAAAAAUGUCCAUCAAAAAAGUUCUCCGUGCUAUUAAUCCUCAUCCAGUUCACGAGGUCAUCUUACUCACAUUAUGUUUUUUCUUAGUGCAACUAGUUUUCAGUCAUAUAACUCAUGCACUCACUCUACUAGUAGAUUCAUACCACGUACUAUGCAAAUUAAUAUAUUUAAUCGGAACCGUCCUAAGUAUUAAGAACAAGGAAUACGAAGAAAUUUGUUUAAACGAAGAAUGUUUGGAGAAAAUCGUCAAUGACCAAAUCGAUUCUCCUGUGGUGCCCAAAAUCGCAAUCAUAUCCAAAUCCAGUCAUAUAUCGUCUUCUAGUUGCGUACAUCCCCAUCCCGAGAAGAAACUGAAGAAUACGUUCGGAUGGGCAAGAAUCGAAGUGGUUUUGAUGCUGGGUGGUUGCGUGUUUUUAGCUUCUCUUAGUUUCUCCUUGGUGGUUGAAGCCAUUCAAACCCUCAUACAUAUCAAUCAUCAAGAUCCAAUGCACCAACCGAUAGGUGUGUUUAUUGUCGGUUUUGUUGGCAUAAUUAUCCACGGAUUGUGUUAUUUAUUGCUUGGAGGUUUAGCAACACAAAACGCAGCGAUUCCGGACCAAGAAGGAAUUACAACCCCUUUGAAUUCUCGUUUAUUUUUGCGACAAAAAAUACAAGUGAAAAACUGUAGCCCGAGAGAAAUAUGUCGCGAUGUAGUUGGCUGUACAAUGGUGAUGAUAUGUUCUAUAAUUGUAUACUUCACCGAUCCCAGUAUAGCAAAAUAUGUUGAUCCAGGAAUGUCGAUUAUAUCAGCUGCGAUUUUACUCUUCUUAAAGUAUCCAAUGAUGAAAGAAUCGUGUUUAAUUCUUCUUCAAACAAUGCCUGAUCAUAUUAACAUUGAUGAAAUAUGCAAAGACUUGUUGAAAACAUUUCCAGACAUAGUAAAUGUACACGAACUUCAUAUAUGGCAACUGAAUGAAGAAAAAAUCAUAUCCACAGCUCAUAUUAUAUUUCUCAACCCCAAAGAUUAUUUGAAAAUAAAUAAAGCUGUAAUCAAUUUUUUCCAUGAAAAUGGAAUUUUAGAAGUAACUAUCCAACCUGAGUUUUUCAAAGACGACCAAAACAUACAAAUGGUACCGGAAUACGGUAUGGGACAAUGUUUGGUUCAAUGUUAUAAUAAAAUUGAGUGCUUUGAAAGAAGUUGCUGUGAACCAAAUGAGAUUGAAUCAAUUGAACCAUGUUAAGUUACAAUUUUUCAAAGUUGAAACAGCCGUCUUCUUCACCAACAAUAAUUAUUUGAUAAAUCUCUUUAAUUUUUCGAAAACUAAUAAUUUUAAAUUUAAUUAUUUUACAUUAUUU